AGUAGUUAGCGUAUCAUGCUAAUUAGACGUGGGGGCGCGACAUUUAAAAACAAGACUCUAGUUCCAGGCGUUAUCUCGUUGCGAUCCUUUAGCAUGACCGGUCUAAGUUUAGAUUAAGUAAUUAGUGAAAUGACCUCCUCCACUCUUGUCCCAAACCUGGAACCUGGCAUAGGGAAGUCUGCAGCCAUGCUGGGGUUAUCGGCUGGACUAGGGGGUGCAGAGAUGGAGCUGCAGAAGAUGCUUAUUGAUGAGAGGAUCAAAUGUGAAAACCAUAGGACCAACUACCAGACACUAAAGGCUGAACACACCAGCCUGCAGGAUGAGUUCGCGCGGGCGCAGGGUGAACUGAAGCGUCUGCUGAGUGACAAACAGUUUCAGCAGGAAAAACUGCAGCUGCGGCUGGCGGAGCUGCGAGCAGAGUUGCUGGACAAAACCAGAGAGAUGGAUGAGCUGCGUCUACAGGUGAUGACUCCUGAGCGGCUGCAACAACUCAGAGCUCAGGUGCAGCAAGAGAUGGAGGCUCCAGUAAGAGAGAGGUUUAACAGGCUGGAAGAGGAGGCAGAGAAGUACAGGUCUGAGUACAACAAGCUGCGGUACGAGUACACCUUCAUUAGAUCCCAGUUUGAGCACCAGAGAGAAGAGCAUGCUCGUAUACUGGAGGAGAGGAGAAUCCGCUAUGAGGUGGAGAUAUCUAGUCUGGAGAAGGACAGGGAGGACCUGGUGGCUCACUAUCACAGUUCGGACUCACUGCGUGAUGGAAAGCGGGUGGAGGUUCUGCUGAGGGAGAAAGCCCAGCUCCACCAGCGGCUGAAAGGCCUGGAGGCAGAGGUGGCCGAGCUCCGAGCCCAGAAAGAAAACUCGGGCCAGCAGGCCGAGAACGUCCAGCGCAUCCAGAUCAGACAGCUGACCGAGUCUCAGGCAGCAGUGAAAUCGCUGGAGGCAGAAUGUCAGUCCCUCCGUCUUCAGCUGGAGCGAAUAGAGAGCGAGCUUCAACUGAGCAAUGAGCAGAACAGUCAGCUCACCAUACGACUGCACAAAGCUGAACGAGAAGUCAACUCCCUCACCAGUCAGACUGAAAGCCUGAAGCAUUCACAUAAACUGGAGAUUGCCAGUAUCAAGCUGGACUGUGCUCGCUCUAAAGGGGAGGUGGAGAGGGAGAGAGACACACUGCAGGGGCAGAUUGAUGGUCUGCAGACAGAUGUGGAGGUGCUCAAGGCGGCUAUGGAUAGACACAAGGAGGUUCUAGUAGAAAAAGAGAGGGAGAUAGUCAGGAAAGUGCAGGCUGCCAGGGAUGAGGAGUUCCACAAAAUAGCGACCCUGCAUGAGGAAAAGUUGGAGUUGGAGAACCGCGUGGCAGCACUGGAACAACAGAGGGCGCUGCAGGAUGCUUCCGGACAGUCUCUGAAGGAGGAGAGGGAGGAGCGCCUACGUAGCGCUCAGCAAGGCGAAGAGUCGGCCCGCAGAGAACUGCAGAACCUGAGAACUAAAAUACAGCAGCAGAGCUCACAGCUGGAGGAGCUUGAGAGACAGAAAGCAGAGAUUGCUGACCUACAGAGGCACAACCAGGAGCUUGGUGUCCAGCUGGGGGCGCUGUCACACUCUGAAAGUGACCUGAUGGCGUCAAAUGAGCGACUGAAAGAAUCACUGGACAGAGUCAGGGAGGAGCUGAGGGUAGCGCGGUCCCAGGCCGAGAGGAGCCAACACGAGGCUGAGAGGUUGGUGGAAGACCGUCAGGUGGAGUGGUUGGAGGAGAAACACAAGCUGCAGGAGCGAGAAGCUGAGCUGCAGCAGAAAUAUUCUCAGGUCAAAGAGAAACUGCAGAGGGCAGCAGCGGCUCAGAAAAAGAGGAAAAACCAGACACAAAACAAAGAGAGGAGACUGCAGGAUAAGAUCCAGCUGCUGGAGGCCAAAAUUGAGGAGCUGGAACUGGAAGCCGCUGCAGCUAAAAAACGUUCUGCAUUCUCAGAGGAGCAAGCUCAACUCCACCGACAGUUGAAGGAGCUGCAGCGACGACACAAUGAGUUUCGCCGCCUCCUCCUCGGAGGCCAAGGUCCUUUCAGUGGAGGCCCUGCACUUCUGACCUCCUCACUUACUCCCUUCCCCCUCAUUGGGUCCGAGGUGCCGUUAUUUAACGACCCGGAGGGUGAGUUCUCUCUGCUGCGUCGGAGGCUGGAGAAUCUAGAAAGUGCUCAGCAGCAGCAGCUGGAAGAACUGGGAUCUCUGGUGCAAAAGGAUCGGGAUGCAACUUCCCAGCCAGACCUCUGACCCCCUACAACACAUCCCAGAGGAUGUUUUUAUGAAAAUAAAAACAUUUAUUGGUACACCAUAAAAAUGGAGUGAGGGGACUGAUAUUGUUUACAUGUCUCCCGAAUGAUGCAAUGCAUUGUCACCUUAAAAAAAAAAACUUGUGUUCUCAGGGUUCAAUUUUGUAUUGAGACAUAUGUUUAUAUGGGUUAUUAAGCCAUUGUAAUGUUUAUACUGAGGUGCUGUUAAAACAGUAAAAACUGUAAAUUACACAUUGUAGAGACUGUCAAUGUGAUUUUUCUCUUGAACUGUAAUGAAACAAUAAUUAACA